CCCAUUGAGAUGGAGAACGCCGUCACGCGCGGACGCGAUGCUUUAGCACAGCGGGCUCUCAUUCUGACGGAGGUGUCAUCCAGGCAGGAUUUGUUCAAGCCUUCUGUGAUGAUCUCCCUGAGAUAACCACUCACAAUUUUGAAAACCUCCUGGGGAAAAUAUUUCGCUUCAAAAAGCCAACAAUUUGACCAUUAUGUCCCCUAGGCUGCUUCUAAAGAAUGAAUAAGUGGCACAGCUGUCCGUUCAGCGUUUCCACGCAACAGCGCAGGCUGCUGUGAAGCCACGGAAUACACGCGCGAGGGAUAGAUGCUGUAGCGGAGAGCGCGCCGGCACAGUGAAGAGCUUUUUAGACCCAAUGGAGCGACAGGGCGACCGAGGCGAUGAGCUGUUCGGGGGCGCAAGUCGCCGCGAGGAGCCCGAUUCUCCCACCCUGGCUUGUCGACGCUCUGUUAGCCCAGAGGAGAUGAGGAGGAACGACAACUACCUGCCAGUCGCUGGCGAGGAGAAGAAUAUGGAUGUGGACUUUAUGAACACCGAUGCCAUGAGCAACGAGUCCAUACCCAUGAAAAAUCUCUACGCGGAUGAGGGCUCCCCUCUGUAUUCCCGGCUCGGCCCCUACUUUACGGAUGGCCGGCGGCGGGUGGACUACGUGCUGGCCUACCACAUCCAGAAGCCCGGCAGCAUCCGGCGCCAGCCCUCCAGGUUCGGCGAGGACGGCUUCUUCCGCCGGCUGCGGCGCAGCCUGAGCAUGAGGAGCAGCCGCGCGCCGCUGCAGCCGAAGGAGGACCCCGAGAUCGCCGCCCAGGAGCAGCGGGCGGACUACAACGAGGACGACAAGCGCUUUAGGCGCGACGAGUUCGAGGAAAACCUCCUGGAGACGGGGCUGGAGCUGGAAAAAGACGAAGGGGGUAAGAUCCCAGGAAUCGGCUUCCUGAAGGUCCAUGCUCCCUGGAACGUUCUGUGUCGAGAGGCCGAGUUCAUGAAGCUCAAGAUGCCGACGAAGAAGGUUUACGAGGUGAAGCAAGGCAGUAACGUGGUGGAGAAGAUCCGACUGUUCAUUCACAAAGUCACAGCUCCUCUGCACCCGAAAGUGGACCCCAACCGGCCACAAAGCGUCAAGUCGCUGUCUCACCCGUUCUCUAGGGAGAAACAGCAUCUAUUUGAUCUUUCUGACCGGGACAAGUUCUUUGACAGCAAGACCAGGAACUCAAUUGUCUACGAGGUACUGAAGAGGACUAGAUGCACUAGAGCCAAAUACUCCAUGGGGAUUACCAGUCUGCUGGCCAACGGCGUCUACACAUCUGCUUAUUCUCUGCAUGAUGGAGACAUCGAGGGUGUGAACGCAGAAGCCAACGACCGGAAGCUGCUGUACGAGGAGUGGGCCAGCUACAGCGUCUUCUACAAGUACCAGCCUAUUGGACUCAUCAGGAAGUACUUUGGGGAGAAGGUUGGACUAUACUUUGCCUGGUUAGGGGUCUACACUCAAAUGCUGAUCCCUGCAGCCAUUGUUGGAGUCAUCGUGUUCCUCUACGGCUGUGCCACCGUUGAUGAUAACAUACCGAGUAUGGAGAUCUGUGACCCCAGGAACAACAUCACCAUGUGUCCGCUGUGCGACCGCGCCUGCAGCUACUGGAAGCUGGUGACGGCGUGCGGCACAGCGCGGGCCAGCCACCUGUUCGACAACCCGGCCACCGUCUUCUUCUCCAUCUUCAUGGCCCUCUGGGCCGUUCUCUUCAUGGAGCACUGGAAGCGGCGACAGAUGCGGCUCAACUACAUCUGGGACCUGACUGGAUUCGGAGAGGAGGAAGAGGAUCACAACCGAGCAGAGUACGACUUCCGGGUCAUGAAAAAGACAAGGAAACAAGACAAUUCCACUCCGAAGGCAGAGAAGGUGAAGCUGACCUGUACGGACCGAAUGCCAGCUUACCUGACUACUGUGGUGAUGAUGGGCUUCAUGAUCCUCGUGACGUUCGCAAUAGUCUUCGGGGUCAUCCUGUACCGGAUCAGCAUCAAGGCGGCGCUGCACAUGAGCACCUACACUGUAGCGCGGUCCAACAUCCGGGCCACUGUCAAGACCACCGGCGCCAUCAUCAACCUCAUCGUCAUCAUCAUCAUGGAUGAAAUCUACGGUGCCAUCGCCCGCUGGCUCACCACACUGGAGGUUCCAAAGACGGACAAGAGCUACGAAGAGCGUCUCAUCUUCAAAACAUUUGUGCUGAAGUUUGUCAAUGCGUUCACGCCCAUCGUCUAUCUGGCCUUCUUCAGGGGACGGCUUGUUGGGCGGCCCGGAAACUACCUGUACGUGGUCGGGUCGUACAGAAUGGAAGAGUGUGCCCACGCGGGCUGCCUCAUGGAGCUGUGCAUCCAGUUGUGCAUCACCAUGCUGGGCAAGCAGCUCAUCCAGAACAACCUGUUUGAGGUUGGCAUACCGAAGCUAAAAAAACUGCUCCGGAAGAGGAAGUCCGACUUGGAGGAAGAGGUGAACAAAACGCUGCAGCGCCACGAGAAAGACCACAUCCUGGGUCCCUUCGUUGGCCUCAGCCCCGAGUACAUGGAGAUGAUCAUCCAGUUCGGGAUGGUGACUCUCUUCGUUGCGUCCUUCCCUCUGGCUCCACUUUUCGCUCUUCUCAAUAACAUCAUCGAGAUUCGCCUGGACGCCAAGAAGUUCGUCAUGGAGCUGCGCAGGCCGAUCGCAGCCAAAGCCAAAGACAUUGGCAUCUGGUACAACCUCCUGAGAGGCCUCAGCAAGGUAGCGGUCAUCGUCAACGCCUUUGUCAUCUCCUUCACCUCGGACUUCAUCCCUCGGCUGGUCUACCAGUACAUGUACAGCGUGGACGGCACCAUGCACGGCUUCGUCAACCACACGCUGUCUUACUUCAACGUCAGCGACUUCCAGCCGGGCACAGACCCCAUCCAGCCCAUGCACUUGGGCUACAAGGUGGAAAUCUGCAGGUAUAAGGACUACAGGGAGCCCCCCUCGUCCAGCACACCGUACGAACUGUCCAAGGAGUUCUGGGCCGUCCUGGCCGCCCGCCUGGCAUUCGUCGUAGUCUUUCAGAACGUGGUGAUGCUGAUGAGCGACUUCGUGGACUGGCUGAUCCCGGACAUCCCCAAGGACAUCAGCCUGCAGAUCCACAAGGAGAAGAUCCUCAUGGUGGAACUCUUCAUGAAGGAGGAGCAGGGCAAAAGGCUGGCAGCGCUCGACAACCACAACCUCGACAACUUCGCCUCCCCCUCGUCGCCCAAUCGGGGCUCGCCGCGGGCCCGCUCGCGACCCUCCGCGCACGACGAGGACUGGGGGAACGAGCGCCAAGAGCGGGAAGCCAACGGGUCGCCCGUUUACAGAGUUUAAACUGUUCAAUCGGCUCCUCAAAGCCAGGCUGUCAUCAAACGAAGAUCACUACACGUUAUUUACAAGCUAUAGUGUAUUUAAGGGGAACAAGCCAUUAGCGUCACUUGACUCGGGGAGAGGGGGGGGAGUUCCUUGCCAUUGCCCUUCAGUACGACUGAGGAAACGCCGCCAAACCCCUGCUGCAAACUCCUGUCAAUAAGAAGUUCACACCUGCCACCUUUCCCACGGGACCUGAAUGCAGCCUUCACUGAAGGCCGCUUCUGUCCAAAUGGUACCCCUGAGAAGAGUUUCCGCCUGACGCGUGCCAUUGAGCUCAGAAACCCAGGGCGCAGAUACCUUUUUACUUUUGCACAAUUAUACACAAAUGCAGGAAUUUGAAUGAUGUACUAUUUUGAAUGUGCAGCGUCGGCGGCCUGUUGGGAUCUGUAGGACCUGCUGCGCCGAGCGGCCUUUUCAUUUCCACUACUCUUGUUCACGAGCACCACUGUGCUGGUUUGUUACGUUUGUCUGAGCGGACCUCCUGACCGUGCUCAGUGGCAUUUUCUCCUGGAAGCACAAGUCGCGUUAUUCCUUCCAAUGAACUGGAAUUUUUAAAGCUUCAAUUUACAGCACAAACAAAGUGACGUCAUUUUCCAUCUCAGUGUCUUUCUUUUUCGUCGAAAGCAGAAAAAAAACGUAUUCUCACUGCAUAAAGUCCCCGCUCAAAUAAUUAAUCUGACCACCAUCGAAGAGCAUGACGGGCGGCCACAUAACCGCUCAAGGCCACUCUUCAAUGUUUUCUGCCACUCGCAAUCUCAGAAUAUCUGAAAACAUUAUGGAAAGGUUAGUUAGUAUUUUGAAAUAUGUCUCUCUCUCUCCAUCAGCUUCAAUCUUUGAGCUCAAACUUACACUUACAGCUACAGUUUCUGUGCUGCAACUUAUCAAACUCUCACUUGUGUUUUUCCCUUUAGUGAGACUUCUCCUUGGGCGAGACUUGUGAAGCAAUAACAAACAUACCAGAUGAAGGUUUUCUCUAUAAAGUUCUGUCCAUGAAAUCUGAUAAUUACUACCUGAGCAUGGCUAAAGCGAGCAAGGUUGGUCACGUUGGUACAAAUGCAUGGGACAGAAAAUGAAAAUACCAAAGUUACACUUUCAAAAGUGAUGAUGUGUCAGUGUUGUGUUUUCAUCUUGCGUCUGCUGCCCCCUGGUGGAUGCAAAAUCUGUCAAUGCAUGUAGUAUAUUACAGUAUAAUUGUAAUCAAACUCUAAACAAGAGGGUCCAGCAUUUAAUCUUUAACUCACUUGUCCUUUUUGUGUGUUUUGGGGCAUUCUGCAGAGUUUUCUUGGACUAAAUCCCCGUCCGUUGUUGACUGAUUUUUUUUUUUUUUUUUUCAUCCGACACAUAUGAAAACACACCUUUGCAUAUCGUUGAGCUGCCAGCUGUAUUUAUUAGAGGGUUGUUUACUAAAAAUAUAACUCGAUAUCAGAAGUGUAGCGGCAUAAGUCCGUGCAUGCAGCGUGUGCCAUUAGAGAACUGCAUCUUGGGACAAAGGGGAUUGAGGGAUCUUGAUCCUCUUACUUAAAAGGACUAAUUUUGCCUGUCUUGAUUCCUCGAGAAAGCGGAAAACAAGGUUCCGUUAUGGAGCGACCGUCCCACCCUUUCUUGUAUCCUCCUCUCUGGCUCGUUUUGAGCGUUCAUCAUACAAAGGGAUACAAACCAGGACGGGCGACACUGCCGUCAACUUUUCAAGGACAAAAGACUGAAUUGUAUUUUGUAUUCAUUAAGCUGCAAAAGGAACACACGGGAGUGACUGGACACCACCUUGAAGAACGUAAGACUGAAAGAUGGGAGCCUCACAAAUCCUGCCCCCCCCCCCACUGUACAUAGCUACAUGCUCCCAGAGUUGAGCCCUAAACCCAGACUGGCAGAAUGUAUUCUUAUUAUUUUUUAUUACGGUGAUGUAUAAUCACUGUGAAGUCAAUGUUGUGAAUCUGUUUUUUUUUAAAUAAUUUUGUGACGAUGCGUUUUUUGAGCGAAUGAACAUGUUGAGGUUUUAUCAGCCCUCAAGGGACCAGUGAGCUAUACUCCGUUGUGGUGUCUUCAUUUUGAUUCGUUCAUGUAGAAUAGAUCAAUAAAGACCGUAUUAGCCACUAAAUGCUGUUACUUCUUUCCAGGAUGUUACUUUUCUUUGACCAAAUCUUAUACUCCGUGUGCACGUAGUGUUAGCGUUUCCCAAAUCUCUUUGAAACCUGAUGUCAUAUGUAAAGACACAGACACACACACACACACACACACACACCUCCACCCAACGCCAAUCAUGAGACGUCCUUCUGUCGCUGUGUUUAAUGUACAGCAUCCUUUAAACCCUGCAAGUUGUGAUAUGCCUGAUCUCUAUUAUAAUGUAUGUCGAAGCGCAUUUCAUGUGAGUGUUUAUGCAUGUGUAACCAAUUUGUCCUUGUCCGAUAUUUUGAGUUUCCUUUAUUUCUUUUCUGUAAACCAACUCCAAAUAAAUGAGAGAACAACCUGGA